AUUAGCCUUAUCCAAACUGUUCCAAUUUUAUCCUCUCAUACUGACUCCAUGCUUACACCAAAAGAUCUUUCUUACGCUUUUCCCUUAUUAUUAUACACCGCUCUAGCUGUAACCAAUUCUUACAAAUCUAAUAAAA